CAGUCUAGGUUCUGUUUAAGGUUUCUACCUGUUAAAAUGAGGUCUUUCCUGCCACUGUUGCCAAGUGCUUGCUCAUGAUAGAUAUUUUACAGAGCUUCAGUCAUCCACACUAUGAUGAACUUUACCUUGAUAACAGCUUUCCUUCUCUGCAGCCUCAGCUGGAUCUCUGUCUCAGUUUCUGAGUCUCAGACUGUGGCGGUCGAGCCUGGUGAAGACGUCACACUGCUGUGCUCCAACAUUUCCAAAAAUGAAGGUGUAACAUUCUGGAUCAGACUUGUCCAGAGAACCAACAUCAGCUGUAUCUCUGUUAUGAUCACAUCUAAAAGCAAUGCUACAUUCUGUGAUGGAUAUCAAGAUGGAAGAUUUGAAAUGAGCUCCAACAUCUCUGCUGUCUUUCUCAAAAUCAAACAAGUGGGUCUAUCUGACUCUGGACUGUAUUUCUGUGGAUUUUAUGUAAACGGACUUCCAAGUUUCAGUUUAAUUCAUUUAGGCAUUAAAGGCAGCAAUGAGUCGCAUGAUGACGUGGACAGCAAGUGUGAAAAAGAGUCUGACGGAAUAGCAAAGCUGACGAGUGUGAUCCUGGGCGGCCUGACUGUUUUCCUUGUAAUAGUCAUCAUCGGUCUGGUUGUUAAAAACAGGAAACUUCAGACAGCUCAUAAAGAAGAACAGAAUCCAGAGCAAAGAGAGAACGUGGCCUCUAAUGAGCUGACCUACGCAGCGGUGAAAUUUCGAGCAAAAGCAAAAAGAAGAGAUGUGGAGACAAAUGUUUUUAAUGCUGCUCAAGAGACAUCUGAUGCUGUAUCUUAUUAAUAUGCUUUGGGGCUUUUUAUGGCUUGUUGGUGAGAGCAAUGACCACUCUUGCCAAAAUGUUUAUUUUUCAAUAAAGAUUCAAUAUUUA